AAGCUACCAGUGGAGGUAAGCUGCUGCAGUCCUCUCUCUCUCUCUAUUCUCAUCUCUUUCUCUCUCUAAAAUUCCUCUCUCAGAGUGGAGGAGGAGGAGGAGGAGGAGGAGGAGGGAGUUACAUCGCCGUUGUUAACAAGUGAUCAUGGAGUCACCAAGAGGCUGGUCGAACAAUUACGCAACCCCAUCUGGACCAACAACGUUUCGGUCCUGUAGUCCCACUGAUAUAUAUACUCAGGGGCGUAAAAGGAUGAAAUUACUCUCUAAAGGAGGGUACAGUAAUGCGGGUUUUUCUGGUUAUUGCAAUGGAUCUGAAAGGAAGAAACAAAGAAUGGAUUCAAAAGAUACUGACUAUACUGAUCCAUUUGCAAUACCAAAUCUGCUGGAGGGGCUAGAUAGUGGUAAAUUCGGAAGUGUGACAAAAGAGAUUGAAGACCUUCUGGCUCGGAGAAUGCUGCUGGCAAAUUCCUACUUUGCAGUUUACCCAAAACUGCAAGGUAUGUGCUCAGACUCAGAGAGUAGUCCCAAUAAAAAGGCAUCAAAAGUGAAGCAGACUGCUUGUCCUUCGGCACAUCAGGAGCUGAUUGUAAUAGAGGACGAUAAUGAUGAUAAUGAUGCAAAAGAUGUUCCGAAUGUAGGCUUACAAGUUCAAGUUCUUGAUUCGGAUGAAGAAACUGGAAAUCAGAGAUCUUUUCAACCAUAUCAGGAGGUCGUCUUGAGGAGGCCAGCCCCCGCCAUUGGAUUCCGGAUGAAGGAAAUUUUUGAUGGUGAUAUUGCUCAAACCCAAACUUUGGGAGAGGAAGAUGCAAGGUUUCAUGGGGAAACUAAACCAGGGAAAGAUAAAGGUGUUUAUGUUGGUGUAGAGGAUGAUAUGGAAACUGAGGAAACUAAUCACCAAGCUGAUGAUGGUUUGGGUGAUAUCUGGAUGGAGAUGAAUUUUGCAUUAGAAUGUUCCAAGGAUGCUGCCGAAGAUCCUUCUUCUGGAUACAUAAGAGAGGAUGGAGAGGAAUGUGAGCAUUCUUUUGUCCUGAAAGAUGAUCUUGGUUAUGUUUGUCGCAUUUGUGGGGUCAUUCAGAAAGGAAUUGAAACCAUAAUUGAGUACACAAAGGGCACAAGGACUACAAGAACAUACAGGUCUGAUGUUCGAAAUACCAAAGAUAGAGAUCCAACAGAAACCCUUCAUGACGGAGUUAAAUUGCCAGGACAGGAUUUCAUCGUGACAGAGAUCGCUGCUCAUCCUAGGCACAGUAAGCAAAUGAAACCUCAUCAGAUUGAGGGCUUCAACUUUCUUCUUAGUAACUUGGUGGCAGAUAAUCCGGGUGGUUGCAUCUUGGCCCAUGCUCCUGGAUCUGGAAAGACAUUCAUGAUCAUAAGUUUUAUGCAGAGUUUCCUGGCGAAGUAUCCCUUUGCAAAACCACUGGUUGUACUACCAAAAGGGAUCUUGCCCACAUGGAAGAAAGAAUUUCUGAGAUGGCAAGUUGAGGACAUUCCACUGCUUGAUUUUUACUCUGUCAAAGCAGAUAAUCGAACUCAACAGCUGGUUGUGCUAAAACAGUGGGUUGAGCAGAAGAGCAUUCUUUUUUUGGGGUACAAGCAGUUUUCUACUAUUAUAUCUGACCAUGACACCAGCCCGGCAGCUACUUCCUGUCAAGAGAUAUUGUUGACGUGCCCUUCAAUUCUUAUACUGGAUGAAGGUCACACUCCUAGAAACGAGGACACUGAUGUAUUGAACUGCCUUAAGAAGGUACAGACACCGAGGAAAGUUGUUCUGUCGGGCACGUUAUAUCAGAAUCAUGUCAAGGAAGUCUUCAACAUUUUAGAUCUUAUCCGUCCCAAGUUUUUGUACUUGGAUACUUCUCGUGCUAUUAGGAGGCGCAUCCUCAGCUAUGUAACAAUAUCAAAUAAUGUAAAGUACUUCAAGAAGGGUAAAGAGAAUGCGUUUUUUGAAUUGGUAGAGCAUGCAUUGCAGAAGGAUGAAAAUUUCAAGACAAAGGUGACUGUCAUCAAAGAUCUACGGGAGAUGACAAGCAAGGUUCUUCAUUAUUACAAAGGGGAUUUUCUUGAUGAACUACCUGGACUUGUGGACUUCACCGUCUUUCUUAAUCUCGCCCCCAGACAAAAGCAUGAAGCUGAUGAGCUGAAGAAGCUGGGGAGAAAAUUCAAGAUCAGUUCUGAUGGAAGUGCAAUUUCUGUGCACCCGCAGCUGAAAUACCUCACAAAGAAUUCUUCGGUUAAGGACAGAGUUGAUGAGGACAAGAUUGAUGAGAUGUUAGAAAGGCUGGAUAUUAAGGAAGGAGUCAAAGCCAAGUUUUUUUACAAUCUGUUGGGCUUAUGUGAGUCAACAGGUGAGAAGCUGUUGGUUUUCAGUCAGUAUCUCUUGCCCUUGAAGUUUUUGGAGAGAUUAGCAGUGAAAUACAAGAGUUGGAGUCCUGGGAAGGAAAUUUUUAUGAUUACUGGUGACUCAAACUCAGAGUUCCGAGAGCAGUCAAUGGAACACUUCAACAAGUCCCCAGAUGCUAGAGUCUUCUUUGGGUCCAUAAAAGCAUGUGGGGAAGGAAUUUCUUUGGUGGGAGCAUCACGCAUUAUAAUUUUGGAUGUUCCGCUUAACCCCUCUGUGACCCGUCAGGCAAUAGGUCGUGCAUACAGACCAGGUCAGGAGAAGAAAGUAUAUACUUAUCGCUUGGUUGCUGCCAACACACCUGAAGAGGAAGACCACUCCACUUGCUUCAGGAAGGAAUCCAUUGCCAAAAUGUGGUUUGAGUGGAAUGAGUAUUGUGGUGACCAAAAUUUUGAUGUUGAGAAUGUUGAUGUGAAGGACUCUGGUGAUGCGUUUCUGGAAAGUGGGUUGUUGAAUGAAGAUGUGAAUGCCCUAUUCAAAAGAUAAAUGGGGAAAUGGUGCAGAGGCAAGGGGUAAGAUGUAAAGUUUUGUCUAACCGACGUGCAAACCUUUAUUUUGUUCCGAGAAAGGAGUCCCAUAGGCAGUGUAUGCAGGUUGGUUUGUAACUAUGUCGGUUUUAGAUGUGUGUUGGGAAUGAACCUGAAACUGUAACCCCAACUAAGAUGAUCACUGGAUCUUGUGAAUAUUGCUGACAAUGGGUUCUGUAACUAUUUCUGAAUUAGCUGUGUUUAUAGAUCUUGCCUUUGUAUAGGAAACAAAUGCAAGUUUCAAAUUUUGAAUUGUAGAUAUUUACUUUAUGAAAAA